AUGGCCGACGCUAUGGAGGAAUAUGAGAAAGAAGCUGGCUGCGUCCCUAUUCUCCAUCCCGAGGAAAUCAAACCCCAGAGUCAUUACAACCAUGGCUACAGUGAGAAUGUCAGCCGUAAAAACCACGUGGACGACUACAGCACCUGGGACAUUGUCAAAGCCACACAGUACGGCAUCUUCGAGCGCUGCAGGGAGUUGGUGGAGGCGGGCUUCGACGUUCGGCAGCCAGACAAAGAAAAUGUAACCCUCCUCCACUGGGCCGCCAUCAACAACAGGAUAGACUUGGUCAAGUACUACAUAUCAAAGGGAGCCAUAGUUGACCAGCUGGGAGGAGACUUGAACUCCACACCUCUGCACUGGGCCACCAGGCAAGGCCAUCUAUCCAUGGUGGUGCAGCUCAUGAAAUACGGUGCAGACCCGUCUUUGAUCGACGGCGAGGGCUGCAGCUGCGUCCACCUGGCCGCCCAGUUCGGCCACACCUCCAUCGUGGCCUACCUUAUUGCCAAAGGACAGGACGUGGAUAUGAUGGAUCAGAACGGCAUGACUCCUCUGAUGUGGGCGGCUUACAGGACACACAGUGUGGAUCCCACCCGGCUGCUGCUGACCUUCAACGUCUCCGUCAACCUCGGCGACAAAUAUCACAAGAACACGGCGCUGCACUGGGCGGUGCUGGCCGGAAACACCACUGUCAUCAGCCUGCUGCUGGAUGCCAACGCUAACGUUGAUGCACAGAACAUCAAGGGGGAAACGCCGUUAGAUCUUGCCAAGCAAAGGAAGAAUGUUUGGAUGAUCAAUCACUUACAGGAAGCGCGGCAGGCCAAAGGCUAUGACAGCCCGUCCUACCUGAAGAGACUGAAGAUGGACAAGGAGUUCAGGCAGAAGGUGAUGCUGGGAACGCCCUUCGUGGUCAUCUGGCUCGUUGGUUUCAUCGCUGACCUGGAUAUCGACUCAUGGCUGAUCAAGGGCCUCAUGUACGCCGGCGUCUGGGUGGCCGUGCAGUUCCUCUCCAAGGCUUUCUUCGACCACUCCAUGCACAGCGCUCUCCCUCUGGGAAUCUACCUGGCCACCAAGUUCUGGAUGUACACCACCUGGUUCUACUGGUUCUGGAAUGAUCUGCCCUUUGCCACUGUCCACGUGCCCUUCCUGAUAAACACCAUGGCUCUGUUCUACAACUUUGGAAAAUCUUGGAAGUCUGACCCAGGAAUCAUAAAAGCAUCAGAGGAGCAGAAGAAAAAGACGAUCGUGGAGCUGGCAGAGACGGGCAGCCUGGAUCUGAGCAUAUUCUGCAGCACCUGCUUGAUACGGAAGCCCAUCAGGUCCAAACACUGCGCCGUUUGCAACCGCUGCAUCGCCAAGUUCGACCACCACUGUCCCUGGGUGGGGAACUGUGUCGGAAGUGGGAAUCACCGUUACUUCAUGGGUUAUCUGUUCUUCCUGCUCUGCAUGAUCUGCUGGAUGAUGUACGGCUGCAUCUCCUACUGGAGGAUCCACUGUGCCACCAGUUACGCUAAGGAUGGUUUCUGGCUCUAUCUGACCCAGAUCGCCUCCUGCUCCCCCUGGAUGUUCUGGAUGUUCCUCAACAGCGUCUUUCACUUCAUGUGGGUGGCUGUGCUCAUCAUGUGUCAGCUCUACCAGAUCGCCGCUCUGGGAAUCACCACCAACGAGAGGAUGAACGCUCGGAGAUACAAGCACUUUAAAGUCACAGCCACGUCCAUCGAAAGCCCAUUCAACCACGGCUGCAUCCGAAACCUCAUAGAUUUCUUCGAGAUCCGCUGCUGUGGUCUGAUCCGGCCCGUGACGGUGGACUGGACCACGCAGUACACAAUAGAAUACGACCAGACGUCUGGCUCGGGCUACCAGCUGGUGUAGGGGAGGAAGAGGAAGAGGAAGGAGGAGGAUG